CCUAAACGCGACUCAGAGCUACAGUCUCCGCGUUCUCCUCUCUGUACACAAACGGUGUAUCGACUUCCCUGCCAUGAGCACAUAUUGGGUAAAUAUGAGGCAACAGUGAAUAAUAUUGAGCGAGAAAAAAUAGAUUUGGGUGUUUUUGGAGGCUACAAACCGCUCAUUUCUAAAUUUCCUUACAGUUAGCCAAUUAGCUUAACUCAACUCUUGAGACUUGAGUUGGGCAACUCGUACUUCAGACUGUCACCAGGGAGAAUCGAAAGUCUUUGGACAACUGAGCCUACACAUGUUUUUUCACUCAGUGUGCGUGUCUUCAGUUCCCGUGGGAGCUAAUCUAUAAUUAUGUGUUGAUCCGAGCAGGUAAAACGAGAAUCUCUGUUACAAAGGUCGAGUUGCAGCUGAACGCGACACUUCAGAUAAGCUCCUGUAUACCAAUGUGAGCUGAACAUGAGGACAGUCUGAGGAAUACUGGGACAAACUUCUCCACAAGAAUGACGAAGAGGAACGGCUUCAAUAAGGAAACAUUUAUUUUGUCGGUGGAUGUCGGCACGACGUCAAUCAGAUGUCAUAUCUAUGACAAGGAGGCACAGAUCAGAGGAUCAUGCAUCACCAAGGUUGUUCCCCUGUAUCCAGAGGUAGGACAUGUUGAGAUGGACCCAGAUGCGCUGUGGACGGGGUUCAUCACUGUGGUCAAGGGAGCUGUGCAAGUUGCAAACAUACACAUGUCUCAGAUAGAGGCCCUUGGUAUCUCCACUCAACGAGCCACCUUCACAACAUGGGACAGGAGAACUGGGGUUCCUUUUCAUAACUUCAUCAGCUGGCAGGACCAGAGGGCUGCAGACCUGGUGAAGUCCUGGAACAGAUCCUGCACAUUGAAAGUAAUCCAUGGGGCGAUGAAGGUGGUCUACCUCGUGACCAGGCAGAAGCGGUCACUUGCAGCAAGUAGUCUUUUCUUCUCCACUCAACAUGUCACCUUCCGCCUUGUCUGGGCCCUAACACACUACAAGCAGGUGCGUCAAGCAGUUGCUGAGGGCAACUGCUGCUUUGGAACAAUAGACACUUGGCUCCUGUUCAAACUCACAAAUGGACGAAUCCAUGCCACAGACUACUCUAAUGCCAGUGCAACAGGAAUAUUCGACACCUAUCAGAUGUGUUGGAGUGGAAUGCUCUGCUCUCUUGUAUCUCUGCCUCUCUCUAUUCUCCCCAAAGUAGAAAACACAGGCCAUGACUUUGGUUGCACAGACACGUCCAUCUUUGGCUUUCCCAUUCCCAUCAUGUCAGUGAUGGCGGACCAGCAGGCAGCCAUGUUCGGAGAGUGCUGCUUUGACGUUGGUGAUGUCAAGAUCACCAUGGGAACAGGCACCUUCAUGAACAUCAACACCGGUAGCAAACCACAUACAUCCGUAGCAGGUCUGUAUCCUUUGGUGGGGUGGAAGAUCGGCUCAGAGGUGGUUUAUCUGGCCGAGGGCAACGCAGCAGACACAGGCACUGCCAUCAAAUGGGCACAGGAGCUGGAGCUCUUCUCUGAUGUCCAGGAUACCAGUGCCAUGGCUUACAGUGUCAGUGACUCAAACGGAGUGUGUUUUGUCCCGUCCUUCAGUGGCCUGCAGGCUCCUCUGAAUGAUCCCAAAGCUUGUGCUUCCUUCAUGGGCCUCAAACCGUCCACCACUAAAAGUCACCUGGUCCGUGCCAUUCUGGAGUCUGUUGCCUUCAGAAACAAGCAGCUGUAUGAGUUGAUGCUGAGAGAAACUCACAUUCCCAUCACAAAGAUCAGGGUGGAUGGCGGUGUUUCCUCCAAUGACUUCGUCAUGCAGCUGACUGCAAGCCUGUUUGGCAGGAAAGUAACCAGACCAAAACACCGUGAAAUGUCGUGUUUAGGGGCUGCGUUUGUCGCUGGACUUGGAGCCGGCUUCUGGAGAACCAGGGAAGAGCUGAAGAAGCUGCACAACACUGACGAUGUGUUCUUGCCCAGAGGGCCACUCAACAAUGGUUGUUCAACCCCAAAUGGGGAAUACAACCCCGUCCUCCAGAGCUGGGAGAGAGCUCUCCGACGCUCCAUGAAUUGGUACAAGCCUUGACACUGGAUGCACAAACAAAUGAUCAGGACUUGAGUUUUGGGUAUAUGUCAGAGCAGACGAAAAACAAUUUUGAGCUAUAGCAGUCAUCAGCUAUAUAUGUUGGACUAAGCGUCUGAGACAGGCCAUCAACAACAUUCACCACCUGCACAGCCUUGAAUUGUUGCCAACAUGCAGUUACUCCACAGUUACUUUCACAAUGUAGCAGAGAGAAAAAAUUAAUGCUGUAUUCAUUCCACAUCUCAUGCCACUGGUGCCUCUUCGUAUUACAGUUUUUUAUCCAGAUGGAGUAACAUUUUAACAUUUUCCCACAUGGGGGCGCUAAUCACUUCAAUUGCAGCUUAUUCAUUUAUGAAACUUGCCAUAGCAACCACAUGUCACAUGCUAAUAUGGAUCUACAGUUUAAACUCAUUGAUAUCACAUUCACACAUGAUCUGUGAGGGGGGGGGGGAGCACUUGACUCUUCAGCUCCCAACACCUCAAGAUCUAAAGAGCUUGAAAUAGGAAGCAAAAAAUGACGUUGAACAAACACAGUUUAGUCUGUGCCGAUACUACUACUCUAUUUUUUAUGCACUAGUUUGUUCAUAAUUUAACAGUACUUUCACUUUGUCAUUUCAAGAAAAUUUGAGUCCCUUUUGUAAGGAAAAAUAUCCAGUCACACAUGCCUUAUGAAAAUCUGAUGCAGUUUUAUUCAUUCAUGUAAUCAUUGAUUAUAGCUGUACGCUUUAUAAGGUAAUAAUACAUACAUGUAUUAAAUGUGAGGAUUAUAUUAUCUAAAUAUGACUUGAACAAAGACUUAUUAUGUUUUAUGCUGUCCAAGGGAAUCCUACUGGAUUUUAGCAUUUCAGCGCAUGGAGAGAAAUGCUUCUGGCUCCUUUUGAUGCAGCACACAUCUUCAUUGGCAGUCAAUUAGAAAAUAUGUUAAAGUCAACUGUGAGGUUUUCUUUUUUUUUUUUUUUUGGUAUAUGUGGCAGAUUCAAACAUUUAGCUUUACAAGCUCACACAUAAAUCCCAAACACAGAUUAGCAUCUGCAUGCUCUGUUGUUUGGGAAUGAAGUGAUCAGGGAUAUAAAUAUGAACUACACUGACAUAAAACAGAAGUGAACAGUAGUAAGUGUCAGUCCUUGUCCUUCCAUGUUGUGUAGUCAUUAUUUCAGUUUGUGUUUAUUGUUGAAUUGAUCCAUGGGGAACAGCCAUGACGAUGUCAUAUGAUAAUGUUUUGACUCAAGUGUUUUACUUGAUGAACUCUGAUGACAAAGUUACAAAUAGUCGCACAAUGAUUUUAAAAAGCUCACAAAUUCUAGGUGGGCAGCUCUUCCUGGGUAUCUUUUAAAUGUUUCUCUUUUUUUGCCUUUCCCAAUACUGUAUUAUAAUUCUUUCUGCAUUUACUAAAAGAUUUGCUAUGCAAAGUGGCGCCAUGUGUAGUGCAAAAAUUAACAGCUCAGAUGGAAAUGACAUUCCAUGAAUGGCAAAUGUCCUCCCAAGCUGCUGGAAAAUAAUAAUAAGUAAUGCAUUUGUGUGAUUGUACAGUGUCUUAACAAACUGUAUGAAAAUGUGAUGUGAAAAGGGCUUGUAUUAAAAACUUAAACGAUCA